GGGUGUCACUUUGCUGCGAGCGCCCGUGGUUAGCGGCAGCGUCCUUCGCUGUUGGUUCGGUCCAGGUCGGUUCCCGUGGUGUAGGCGCGUGUCCUUGCAGCCUUUGCUCUCAUGACAUUACUGGUCCCUCGAUAUGGUGUGAACGAUGAUGACGACGACGACAACGACGGAUUAAUAUAUAGGGUCGCCGAUUACCAACCACUGUCGAUAUAGGUGUGUGAGUGGUGCUCGAGAGUGAGAGCCAGUGAGUGUGUGUUAGGGAAGUGUGGUUCAAGCUUCUAAAGGCGUCGGGUGAACCACACGGGAAAGGAAGACAAGUGCACCAGCGAAGGAAAAAAAAAGUAAGAAGGAAAAGUACAAUUUGAGAAGAUUACGGUGAAUCUCGUCGAUGCGUGUGUGUCACAGUGUUUGCGGCAGACGACCGGAUGACAUCCGGACAUACUGAAGUCGUUCAAUCUUCUAUCAAGCCAAAUGCGGCUCAAGUCCCGAUCACCAUCAAUCCCACAAGUUAAAGAGAGCACCAUCUGACGCCCGCUGGCGUUCCUGUACCAUCAGGAUCAUAUCCGAACAGUAGCCGCUUCAUCGUUUGUGUGGACGACCGACCCUCUUGCUUGGCUAUGCGUACCGUCGGUCGAGUUAACCAUCGAGAGUCGAGAUAGAGGAAAAAUCGUUCUUUAGUAGGCCCCACCUUGAGGCUGCAUCCGGAUGGAUCAUUGUUAUCGAUCGAAGCACUUCAGUCAAGCUUCUAUUGCCGACCUAAACAGCCUGCCGGUAAUUCACAUGCAGCGCCCUCGCCGAACUCUCACGUCUCGUAGACCAUUGCAGCAGCACAACCGGCCCACUUCGUCCCGUUUGCCAUUGCCGCCAUGCGAAAGCUAAGUCUCAGCACCGGCGCCGGAAUGUCACGACCAUCGAAAGCAGUACCACAGAUGAAGAAGGUGAUGCCACCCGCCGUUCCAGAGAUUUACGGAAAGGAGCGUAAUUUGAACGGCGGUUGCGUCGGCGGUGACCCGGACCGAGAAGUUGUGGAAAUCCCGGUAGCCGGUAGCGACCUGACAGUGUUGGAUGGUGGCAAUGCCGCCGUUGCUGUCCGGAAUGUGUCGCAGCAACCCGGAACCACCAGUACACUGAACUCGGUAGGACACGGUCAUGGGUACGGAGGACGCUCUAACAUCACUACAAUCGGGACCAGCGACAGUUCCAUCACAACGCCGACGGCGACGGCGACACCAUCCAGUUUGGUCCUGCGCUGCACAUCUGACGCCUCGGGAGUGUUGGAUUACGCCCUGGACGACCAGGGUAUUGACCUAACGCAAUCGCCCGGCCGGGACAGUCCUGUUUCGCUGUCGGGCUCGGCGGGAUCUGGUUCGCGUCAUUCCACCGCCAGCCUGGAUUCGGGGCGAGCUUCCUCCUACCUAACCGGAGCCUCGAAUCUCUCCAAUCGCAGUGUAAGCGGCGUGGGUAGCUAUGGCGUGCUGUCCUCACCGCGUUGUUCGGUCAGCUCUUGCUCGAUCGGCUCUGGCAGUGGUGGUGGUGGCAGUAGCGGCGCUGGCGGUAGUCAUCGUCUCAGUAAUCACUCGAACCGAUGCGAUCAUGACAUAAUUUCCGAGUGGCUGAUGGAGGUGCACUUCCACGAGUACACCUACCUCUUCCUGGACGCCGGUUACGAUCUGGCGACGAUUGCGCGCAUGACUCCGGAGGAUCUGACUGCGAUAGGCAUCCGGAAGCCAAACCAUCGCGAACGACUGAAACGACACAUUGAUGCACUCAAGCUGCCUGACUCGCUGCCCAGCUUCGUGCCUGGCUCCAUUGAAGAAUGGUUGCGGCUGCUGCGGCUGGAGGAAUAUGUGCAGCCACUGCUCGCCCAGGGCUACCAGACGGUGCAUGACGUGACGCAGCUCACCUGGGAGGAUUUGGAGGACAUCGGCAUCGUGAAGCUCGGCCACCAGAAGAAAAUAUUACUGGCCAUCAAGCGGGUAAAGGAUAUUAUCAGCGGAAAGAUGCUGGGAGGCCAGCCGCACCUUCCGUAUUACGCUUCAUCGACUAUGGCGAGUACAUCUAGUGGUGGCGGGUCGCCCACGUCUACCACUGCCGCCAUUGCGACCAGGGCGCCUCCGCUGCCUGGCAUUCCAUCCGCGAGCGGUAACGCUUGCUACAGUACAUUCUUACGGCAGCAGCAGCAGCAUCACCAACUACCAGUCCGGGUGCCGGACGACGAUGGUUCGGAAGUUGUUUAUUAUGUCCAGCAGCAUCUUGCCCGUAUGCAACCUAACCUCAGCAACGCGUCCCGGCAGCAACUGCAACACAUGAUUACCUAUCCGCAUGUGCACUUCGAUGGCACGCAAGCUGUUUACCGGCGCAGCUCGUUUGAUGAUAGUGACAUCACACCAACGAAUGAGAAAACGUCCACCCUGCUCGGUCUGGUCGAUGAACGCAACGACGUUUCGCACGCGAUUCAGCCGCAUCAUCAACAGCAUCUACACCAGCAGCAUCACGAACAGCAGCAGCAGCAGCAGCAGCACCAGCAGCAGUACUUCCAGGGUGGUGGAACUCUACCACGACAGUACCAACGCGGGAGUUACGGCACCCGGUUAGGAUUUCUCGGGCCCAGCACCGCUGUGUCCGGGGGGCCGGUAACGCAACAGGGACGCCAACGUCCCAUCGCGAAAAUUGUUGCGAAUAAUUUAAAGAUGGCAGGUACGGUAGCAUCCCCUGCCAACGGGUGUCCUACUGUAACAUCGUUGGACGCCGUCGCGGCAGAAACUGCACCCUCUUCUUCCUCUUCUGCUUUGUGCUUCCCAGUCGCUGCUGGACUGCCCGCCUCUUUGCUGGGGCACAUAGAAAACGUAGAGAUGGCGACGGCCGCUCUAGAUGCAAUGCAUUUCUCUAAUUACAGCAGCGCUGCAUACACGACUGCUCAGCCACCGCAGCAGCACGCAUCUCUUAUAAAAUACGGUGUGAAAUCGGGAGUCGGGCCAUCCCAGGAGUCUAUAGCGGCGAUUCCACAGCUAAUAUCGGGCUCUUGUGGAGAGGCUAGUCAGCAGCAGCACCAGCAACAGCCGAUAUAUCAUAAUCAGCAACUGAUAUUGCAACAGUCGGGUCAUAGUGGCAAUAACUAUCACCAUCACGGUCAUCAGCAGCAACAUAGCUAUGCAUCGUCGACACAAUCUACACCUUCUCCACCGAAUCAGCAUCAUCAUACGCUCGGUGGUGGUGGUGCUACAAUUCCAUUCAUUGGCGCCUGCUAUACCGGUUGUCAUACACACCAGACCACCGUGGAGGUGCACAAAGUAUCGACGCAGCAUCAGCAGCACGACAAUAGAUCCAAUUCGAGUCUCGAAUCAAUCGAUCAGAUACCUUUCGCGAAUGAGAAUGCAGGCACGAUUAAGCAGCGUUCGUCGCUCAAUCGUCCGAGUGACUAUCAUCAGAUGGGCCAGACGCCACCGCCGCACCACCAUCCGGCAUUGCUCGUAACUCUGUCGUCUUCCUCCGCUUCAUCGUGCUCCUCCUCGUCGACUGGAUCGACUACAACGACGACGGUGCUGGCAACGACGUGUGCCACUAGUGGCGGUGUCCUACAGAAGCAACAGUCCUCUCCUUCGGUAGCCGAGACCACCAGUCCCAUUAGCUUCUCGAAAGAUCCCACUGUAACAGCAACUGGUGAUACUAGUGGUGGAUGCACCAAAGAGGAGCACCAUCAACCCGAGGCAGCCAACGAGUUAGUGACUAGCGGUGAAGACAUUUAUGGCACAAAUGUGCUAAAUGACAUAGGCAAUAUGUUGGCCAAUCUGACCGACGAGUUGGACGCCAUGCUGGAGCAUGAAAAGUGCGCCGGCAUCAGCGACGCAGACUAGGCACCUUAUCGCGAUCCUGCAAUAGCACGCAUCUCAUAAAGUACGGUGUGAAAGCAGGGAUCAAACCAUUCCAGGAGCCUAUUGCGGCGAUUCCACGGUCAGAGCACAUCGCUCAAUCGUCCGAGCGAAUAUCAGCAGAUGGGCUAGAAGACACUACCGCACCACCAUCAGUGAUGACUAGUGGCGGUGUCAGUGAGCCCCCGUGCAAUCACGAUGCUGUACGGGUGUAUCGGUUACCUCGUCUCUCCUUAUCGCGAUCCUGUAAGUAAGGCCCAAAUUGAUUUUAUUUAGUAAGUAGUAAGGCCCAAAAAAUUUAUUUCAAAGAUAUGAUAAAGAUUGUGAUAAAGAUAAUGUAAGAGAGCAAUGUUAGUAAACAUUGCCUCCAGUUAGUCGAGAUGGAAAAUAGCAGAGAAAAAGCUUUUAUGGCAAAUAGUUUAGAUUUAUAGGAUGUAGAAUAUUUCAUGCAUUCCGUUUACGUAAGGGAGGGAAAAGGGGGGAGAAAAUUACCACCGCAAUACUUUUGAAAUCCAAAUGUUGCUGGCAGUUUCUUACAAUUCGUAGAUCACUCCUGCUGUGCAGGUCUCCUUCGCGUCCUCUUGGAAGUUCUGUGCAGUGGUUUGUCCUCUGUCGCGUUUCGUCUCACCAAGUAAUUUAAAAACAGUAAUAAAAAAACAAAACAAACAACGAGACAAAAUUCAGUUAAAAAAUGGUUACACUAUGAUAACCAAAAUGGUAUUGUUUCGUUUGGCGCCUUCUUCAUGUGCACCUAAUUUCACAUUAGAUUUCCUAUUAAAAUAAUUUCGUAGGAUUCUCUCCCUGCCCUCCCUUCGAUUUUGUCGCACCACUCCAACGGUCAUACAUUCUCAUGUGUGCGUACACUCGCUUACCUCUUCUCAGCCAUCAAUAUAGAUAGCUUCUGCUGCGGUUAGUAGCAGACAAAUAAAUAUUUCUGUAACUCCAAGAGGGAUUAGAUUCUGUUAUCUAAAUGUGAACGAGGAGUACGCGGAUACGGAAGAGAAGAGAUUGCAAAGAAGGUAAACAGAAGGUAGGGAAGAUAGAGAAGGUAGAGAAGGGGGAUAAGCUAGAGAAGGGAAGGAUAAAGAAAAAUAUGAGCAGUGGACUUUCAAGGUGACUGUACUGUAGGAAAAUGCGCUAGUAUGUAAAACCGUGUAGGUAGGACGUAAACCGCCUCAGCCCUAGUAAGGCAGAGAGAUAAUAUUGUAUUCGCGAUAAUGACGAAAAAGGAGAAAAACGGUAACAAAACACACCCGGGAUUAAAAAAACGCAGCUGUGUUCUGUUUAUUAUACAAUACAUUGAACCAUAACGUAGUAAACAUUAAAUAAAAACUGACGAAUACUUGAUGGCCCUAGUGGCUGCCUUCGUGUAUCUAUGCGUUACUUUUAUUUUUGUCGUUUUCGUUAAGUUUCUUGUAUUCCCCUGCCUUAAUUAGAAGUGGCGGUGCGCAGUGGGGAGCCUCGCGCGACAUCGAAUCUUGCGGCGGAGACGAGCAUUUUCGGAUAUGUGGUGUGCCCGAACUACGGCAUUGUCAGAAUAGAGAGACGUCAGAAGA